GAUGAGCGGGCGGGCGGAGGUAUGGCCGCGGCCGUGCCGGGCCGUGCGCUGCCGCCCGAGGCGAUGAGCGGCUCCCGCAGCCCGGGCCCGCUGCCCUGCCCUCUGAGGGGCACUGGGGCUGGGCAAGGGCCAAGGGGUGGUGCGCUGUCGCCUUUGCGUUCCCAGGAGCGGUGUGUCCGUGGCUGGUGGGGCCGCAGCUCUGCCUGUCUCUGUGUGCAGGCCUCUGCUGUCCCGCGUGUGCUCCGCCAUGCCCUGCCCUGUCCGGCAUCUGCCCCCCGCUCCGGGGCUGCGGGGGCAGCAGCUCGGCAGGGCCGCUGAGCGCCUCCCUCGGCCUGUGCAGCUCCUCUGCGGAGCGCUGCCGAGGAGCGCCUUCGGGCCACCGAGCUUUGUUCCAGCCCCGGGGUGUGCUUUCUGCUCUCAGAAGCCGCCGCAGGGAUGUUGGUGUUGCCUAGUGCCCGUUCAUUCCGCAGAACAUGAGCAGGCCUUAUGUCUGGAUCAGCUCCUCCAGCCGGCUGUGCUGAUGGAGGCCCUGUGUCCCCCUGGAGCUUUGGCCGAACCUGUGCUGUCCCUGUCCCUUGGGGAAGGUUAAAGUGAAAAUACCCUUUGGAAACAAAUACCUUGAUGCUAUCUUUUCUGUCCCAGAGAAGAAACCAACAUAUGGAGUGAUUCUUACUCAUGGAGCUGGAGGAGACAUGAAUUUCCCUCACUUAGUGUCCUUGGCAGCCUAUCUUGCAUCCCAUGGAGUUCUGUGCCUGCGGUUUACUUGUAAAGGCCUUAAUGUUGCCUACAGGACUAAGGCUUUCAAAGCAGUUGUGGAGUACCUAAAACUUUGUGAUGAUUAUAAACUUUCUGGUGUUUUCCUUGCAGGCCGUUCCAUGGGCUCACGAGCUGCUGCCUCUGUGAUAUGUCAGCUGAGCCAGGGUGAUGAUGAUGAUGAUGGCUUCAUUCAAGGUCUUGUGUGUUUAUCUUACCCAUUACAUCGACCAAAACUGCAGUCCAAGCUCCGGGAUGAGGAUUUAUUACUGAUCACGUGUCCAGUGCUGUUUGUCUCAGGAUCAGCAGAUGAGAUGUGUGAAAAACAAUUGCUAGAAGGUGUGGUGAGCAAAAUGAAAGCCCCUAAAAAAAUCCAUUGGAUUGAUAAAGCAAACCAUGGGAUGGCAGUCAAAGGACGAACAGCAGAUGAUGUCAUGGAAGAAGUAAAUGCACAAGUUUUUUCUUGGCUUAGAGAGAAUGUUCAACUGCAGCACAAAUAAUUUGCAGUGUUCAAGCAGUAUCUUCAUGUGGUUUUUCCUAAAUGUGGCAAAUAAGGGGUUUGUUAUUUUUAGAGGCAUAUUUUUUUAAAAGCUGAUGUUUUCAGAGGUCUAAGUGCAAAUUCAAAUAAAGCUUUGUAUGAAU